CCUUGCCGUUAGUCGACCUGCACUUAAACUCACAAAUAUGUAAACUUACUCACCUCAUGGGCUUAACCCCAUUUGUCCUUAUUUCAGCAAUAGAGAUGCUCUCGUACGAUUUACUUCGCAAGUGAAUUAGACUCAAAUUGCAAGAGUUCUUAUAGACUUGCAGAAUAUUUCAUUGCCGAUGUUACCAGAUACUCUCAUCGUGUCUGUUUUCAUUGAACAGCAUUGAAGCUCGCUUUUAGCCUCAUAUGAAGGAGAUACUAUUCUGGAUUUUCACAUAUCAACGAAGGGUAUAUUUUAUCGAACGGUAUAUAGCGACAAGCACGAUUGAAUCGUGCCCCGGGAGUUUGGAAAUCGGGUUGUUAGGAUGGCGACAACGGGAUCGAAUAUGAUUCUUGAUGAACCCAUAAUCUCUACGUCCAGGACAAAACGCAGAGUAUUCCCUACUGAUUCCUCGGUCAUCCUUGUGGGUUGUCGCGGUGCUGGAAAACGGACGUUGGGGUUUAUCGCUGCCAAGUAUCUCGGCCGUCGACUCAUUACUGAGGAUCACUUUUUUGAACAGUCGACAGGGUGUACCAGAGCUACUUUCUUGCAAAGAUAUGGACGAGAAACGUUUAAUCAGCAGAUGGCCAUCGUGCUUGCACGAAUGCUUGAGCUCAACCAGGCCAAUUGUGUUAUUGAAUGCGGCACGGGCACGUUAUCGUCUGAUAUUGAGGAGAUCCUGAAGGACUACAUUGAAACGAACCCCAUCAUUUAUAUCCAUCGCGAUAAAGAGGAUCUAUACAAGUUAUUAAAGCUCUCAGUGGCAGAUGCAGAAUACCUACUCUCCACUGACCAGAAACAUCGUGAUUUCUCUAAUUUGGAGUACUUCAACCUUUUUGACCCCAGUGGCGAAGGCCAAGUAACAGAGGACUGCCCCUAUCGUUCUGCGUCUACAAGCACUGCAAAGCUUGUAGAGGCGAAACAAGACUUCAAAAACUUUCUUGAUCACAUCUUUGGCCAAGGUUUGACACGAUCAUGGAUAGCAAAUCCAUUCUCGAUCAAGGCCAUACCCCCGGAGUACCGAACUCAUACGUUCGUCUUCUGCCUUCGACUGUCGUCUCUAAUCAGCAUGGAUAUUGAUAUAGCUGAAUUGGAAGCUCCUGGAGAGGCCGUGGAACUAAUAAUUGACACCUGGCCAACUAACGUACUCGACCUUAUUGCGAUGCAAGUAGCCUUAAUCCGCCGCAAACUAGACCUUCCAAUCAUUUACUUCGUCGAAGAGAAUCCUCGUGAAGAACGUAAGAGGCCCCCCGAGGAAAGAGAUACCAUGGACCUCGGAUUGAUGCUUCAUGGGCUUCGACUUGGCGUCGAGUAUCUAAGUCUUGAUCUCCAGAGAAGUCCAGGACUAAUCUCUCACAUUCUCGCCAUGCGAGGCAGAACAAAAAUCAUCGGAAAUUACGUUAUGAAAGGAUUUGGCGCUCCAAAGUGGAAUGACGAUUCCUUCGUCGAACGUUAUUUGCUUGCUCAACAAUUUGGGUGUCAGAUCGUUCGCAUGGCCCGGUUCUGUUCUGUGGACAGAGACGAUGAACUCCGGCAAAUCUUCAUCGAUAAAAUCAAUGCCUUACCGGAUCCUAAACCUUGCCUAAUCGCCUACGACUUUUCGGUGUUCGGCGUUGUGCUGCCUUUCCAGGGAGACAUCCUGAAUCCAAUCGGACAUGAUUCUCUCGAGAAGUCCUCGCGGGAACAGAUGAUUGGCGUAAGUACGACACGGGGUACACUACGGGACCUUUUUCGAAAAGGAAUUUUACAGCCACUCAAUUUCUACACUUUGGGAUUGAAUGUUUAUUAUUCGGCAUCGCCCUCGAUGCACCGCGCAGCGUAUGAGCACUACAUGAUGCCACACACUUUUAACGCUAGACGCUGCACUUCGCUUGAAGAAGUCGACCGGAUUCGACGCGAGCCCGGCUUUGGCGGCGCCUCGUUAGCAGCACCCUUCAAAGUUGCUAUCAUGCCACGCCUUGACCAUCUCAGCACCCACGCUAUCGCAAUCGGCGCGGUUAAUACGCUUUUACCAUUACGUGGGGAUACUGACUCAAUUUUAGACCAUGCUAAUGCUCGAAAUAGAGCUGGCUAUGCUAAUAGGUUUUAUGGGGACAAUACGGAUUGGAGUGCAAUCAUGACUUGCAUACGUAGAGCCAUCAGUCCUCGAAACUCAGUACAACCGUCUCGGACGACGGCUCUAGUGAUAGGAGCGGGUGGAAUGGCUCGAGCAGCUAUCUAUGCUCUGAUCAAAUUGGGCUGUCGGAUGAUAUUCAUUCAUAAUAGGACAAGGAUAAAAGCAGAAGAAGUUGCGAUGCAUUUCAAUAUGUACGCAAUAGAGCAGAGACUUCUGUCCCGCCAGAACGAGGGUGAGAAGAUUUGCCGGGUCAUAGUGUCAGCCAGUGAUCCGUGGCCAAAGCAAUACCAGCAGCCAACAAUGGUCGUAUCCUGCAUUCCAGCAUCGGGCACAGAUGACAAUCCACCGGUAGACUUCAGAAUGCCUUCGCAAUGGUUAAGAAGCCCUACUGGUGGUGUAGUGAUUGAGUUAGCGUAUGAACCCUUGAUAACGCCACUAGUAGUUCAGGUUCGUAAGAUUCGCGAAGAAGGGAACACCUCGUGGGUGAUUAUUGAUGGCUUAGAGGUUGUGGGGGAAAUGGCCAUGGAGGCUUUCGAACUGAUGACUGGCCGUCAAGCACCGAGAAGACUGAUGCGAAGAGUUUGCAAUGAGAACUGGGAGAAAACAAGCGCGCCGUUCCAACCGCAACGGUAGCACGUGUUACGGCAUUGAUAUUGUGGAGGUUUCAUCUCUACCUAUUACCAAAUCCAAGCCGAACAAUCUAAAAGGGGCGAUGCAACGGAUAAAUCGUCGUGAUCAAGAUCACGCAAAUCCUGCGAGCGAUACCCAGUCGUCGGCGAGUUUUCAGUCUCGUGACUAUUUCAUCUAUGCAGGAUUAUUGGCACGACCUUUUAUGUGUUAGAUGUUUGGUGUUUUGCCCUCCACGUAGGGAAAUGGCGAUACUCCAUUACUACCUCAUAUUAAGAUGUUAGCGGAGUGCUGGAUUGUCCCACCGUUAUUACCUACCUAGGUACCUACCUACUAAGCAUUUAAGUACCGGGGGGAGAGACAUUAGUGUGAGCAAACCCCUCGAAAAUUACUCUUGGCUACCGGAACGAACAUGCAAUUCACGUCAUGUCCUCUUGCUUCAUAGCAGCUAAAAUACAAUAUGUACAUAUAUGAUCAAAUUAUACCCCUUGUAUUAGGUACUAUCAUUCCUAUUGCCAUCCCUCGGCGCCUUCUGUGCUCUUUCCACGCUCAACGUAGAUGGCGUUGGGUAGCUCGGUCAUUUUUAUUUAUGGGGCGUGAGUGAAGUUGGAAUUAAGAUGUGAAUUGAUCUUGUGUUUUGGAUGCAUGAGAUAAUUAUCGAGUCUGCUACUAAGUCUUUUGCUC